AUCAAAUUUAGUUUAGCUUAGAGAACAACCGAGUACUCUCAGGAGUCAAGAGAAUGUAACGCUCCAGGCUUCCCUAGACAGGAUAGAUCAAUGAUAGAUCUAGAGAAUCUAUCUAUCUAUAAUAUUCUAAAAUGUAUAACUCGACUAGCAUAACAAAUUUGAAAAAAAUCCCUGUUAGGACAUUUUAAUCAUUUUUGAUAUUUUCAUCAGUGAAAUUUGGCUAAGGUGUCAGCCAGGAAAAGAUAGCAAUGUUCCGUAUUUCUGCCCUGAAUGACUCAUCAAGUUCAGAUGAUGAUUCAAAUAAAGUUCAGCUUGUUAAAACAAAAGAGGCCAAGGAGGCUGAAGCUUUUGCUGCAUAUAACAAAGCUUUGUCAUACCAGCAGAAAGGGAAUGCAGUGCAUGCUGAAAAAUUGUUGAAGAAUCUUUUUGAUCAUCCCCUUUUAAAAGAGGCUGCUAGUCUAGUAGAAGAUGACAGCCAAGUACAAAUUAAAAGCCACUGUGGCCUGCAGCUACUUUAUUCCAUCCAUAAAAAUCUGGCCACUAUUUUUCUUCAGAGAGAUCAGCUUAAAGAGGCCAUGGCUUCAUAUAUUGAGGCCGUGAGAAUUGAUUCAUCUGAAGUUACAGUGUGGUUCAAAAUGGGACAAGUUGCCAGAAAACUUAACAACUAUCCACUGGCCAAAAUAUGUUUUCAGCAGGCUCUGCAGUGUAACCCAAACCACUGGCCAAGUUUAGAUAAUGCCAUUACAGUCACAUUUGCUCUUGGGGAUUACUUAAUGUGUCUAGAAAAUAUCAGCAUAGCUCUUGAAAGAGACUGUGGCUACCCAAAAGGAUUAGCAUUGAGGAGGCAGAUUUUUACUGAGCAGCCCUCACUUGAGGGUAUGACAAAAGAGCUCUUUAUCUACUGUGAUCCAAAGAUACACACAUUGCCAGUUGAUAAAGCUGACUGCCAAGAGUUCAUUGAGGAGGCACAAAAAAUUCGAGCAACCAGACGUCAGCUCGCCAUGGAAGACAGAGAAAGAGAGUUAAAACCUGUGACAUUUCGUAACCCACUUACUCCUUUCACGUGGAAGAAUGUAGGUGAGCAGUUGCUGGAGCUCUAUGACUUUGCCACCACUAGUGAUCCACCAAAGAGCUUAGCCUUGGAAGUAGAUCUCAGGGAUUAUCUUUUCUUGGACCAAUCCUUAUUUUUUGGCCAGUUUGAUAAGAAAGAUGAACCAACCAGCAAAACUCCAGUGAAAAAUGUUGAGACACAUCCAGCCACGCAGCAGGGGUCUGCAUCCAAAAUAGCACAAGAAAAUAUCACGCAGCCUGUAGCUCAAACCAACAACGCCCUCACAUCUUUAACUCCAGUUUCUUGCUUGAAAGACAGCGCUAAGGAGUCGGCUCUUCUCAGGCGCCUCCAUGGAAAUGAAGAAAUGCCUGUUCUAGGAAUCAAAGAAAAUGAUAAGACAAUGCAGCUGGUUAACUUUGACGCAGCCAAGGAGAAAAGUUCUGUCCCAAAAGACCUGGAGCUGAUGGAUGUCACGGAUACAUUUGAAAUGCCGUUACUGCAAGAAGAGGACAUGGAUAUAGCCACGUUGAAUUUGGCAGACAUACAGAAGGCAGAUUUUAGACCUGAGAUGCUCAUGAAAGAGGAUGACAUCCUGGGCCCAUCAGAGGUCAGGUCCCUGGAAAAUGUUUUGGCGUCUGUUAUAGACAUGGAGUUUGGCCAGGAUGCGGUGGUGAAUGAGAAGGUCCAAGACCCUUUGGGGGCUUAUCCUGCAGAUGUCUCAAUCACUCUGGAGAGUGAUGUACUUGCAACUGACAUUAAAAGCCUGGCCAGUUUGAAACAGGUUGCCUCUUGUAAUAUUGAAUUCACUACUUCUAAAAGUGAGUCUUCGGCAGCUUCAUUAUUGUCCACUUCUGGUGCCUUGAUUUCAGUCAGCCCUGCUACUGUACAAGAUUCAUCCCAAUCGGCCUCUUCCUCGUCUCCUGUGAAAAUGAGCCUCUCCAUCCCUAUGCCAGAAAAGCUACCAGUUUACCACCCCCAUAGCCCUUUCCAGACCAGCCCAAGCCAGUCGAGCCCACAGUCCAAGUCUUUAGCUUCACCGCAUGUCAUUUCCUCGCCACAACACAACCUGGCUCCAGCCUCAUCCCCCACCUCACCUGCCUCAUCAACCACUCACUUGUUUUCUACCCCUCCCAAAGCUCACAUUUCAUCAUCAACCCUAACCCCUCAUGAUAUUUCAUCUGUUCUGUCCCGCAGUCCGCAGAAAGCCCAUACUUCUCCUGUAGUCACUCACCUGGACGUCCAUUGUUUUCCCUCUUCACCAAGUCCUCAGAAUAAGGUACCUGUUACUAGAUUAAUAGAGCCUGAGUUGUCUCACGGUGCAAGCGCGUCAACUUCGCCUCAAAGAAAACAUACUCCUCUUUCAUCCAUCAUAUCACCAACUCAGCAGUCAUCUUUGCACUGGAGUUUAGCCUCAACACCCUUGGAUCAAGCCCCAAAGAUAUCUUUGCUUUCCUCUGAGUUCACCCACUCUCCCAUAACCACCAGCUUGCUGUCCCCAAACAACUCAACCUCCUGCCCCAAGUCAGCUUCAGUGUACCACAGCGUGUUGUCUAGCUUAGAACAGAGGGAUUCCAGUCUCUCACAGUUCCAGUCCUUGGCCAGUGGUCAGUAUCUACAUCAUGCGUUACUCUCAGAAAGCAGCUUGAAGCAACCCCAGAAGGUUGACCUGCCCACAUCUCAACUGGAAUCCCCUCAGAAGGCUGCCCAACCCUCUACACAAAUGUAUGGAAGAAAAAGCUCAGGGGAAUUUAUAGAGGACUCUGUGACACCUUGUUCUUUACCAGACUCUGGGACAGAUGGAGCACUCCAGCCACCUAAAGCCCAUCAGCCCUCUACUUCACCUGGUAGCCGAUCCACUUUAAGCCAGCUGUCAUUACCUCCACCGCCCGCUGCACACUGCAACACCUCCCCAAACAGAUUGCCACUUUACCCUCAGCAACCUUCACCUGGGACACCUCAGCCAACCACAGAACCACCUUUGUAUCCGCCCCACAGGUAUGGUAACUUAGAGCCUUACAUGGACAUCUCUGGAUCUCUUUCCAUUUCCCAGCAUCACUUAAAUAAACUCUCUGCCUUAGAAGCAGAACUACUGUUAAAACCAUCAGCUGACCACCACACGCCUGCUAGCCCUGAUUGGUCCAGACUGGCAGGGAUGAACCCAAGACCUUCAAGCACAAAAUCCUUGACCAGGUCGUCCUCCUUGCCAGGAUACUACACUCAGUCCUUUGAUCUCCCUUACAUCUCCCACAAUCCUAUCUCCCCCUUUUUCUCCCCCAGACAUGACACCCCGCACCUAAGCAAACCUCACGAGCAUGGCCACUACCCGCCCUCUAGCUCCACCCUUUUCCCACUGCCCAGCUACUCCAAACAUUCAGCCAUGCCACAGCAUCUGGACAUUAAUGCCAGACCCUACUCAACAUUGCAUCCUUCCAUCUCUGGACUCUCCCCUCCCAUCCCCAAGUACCCCUCCCACUCUGCUCUACCUGCAUCCCUCCUACCACCAAAAUCAUCCUCGAGUUUAUCUCCACACUACACCAGCACCAAAACAUCCACUCCCGCCCUAAGUCUGCAGCUGGACCCCUCCCACAAAAACCCCACACCCCCGAAAGCUCCCCUUUCGUCUGUGAAUAUCAGACACCUCCUUCAACACUCGUCUAAAUCUCAUUUAUCCAGCCUGCCCCACCAGCAAAUAUACCCUGGAUACCACCAAGCCACUACACACGUACAUCAGCCUGCAGCUACACAGUUCAUAGAGAAAUCCUCACAUCAAGCUCCAGUUUCAAGAGACCACAGCUAUCAGAAGAGGGGACUUUUGGUUCAAGUUAUGAUGGACCAGGUGACACCCACAGCUUCCAACAGCUCCUCCACCCCCAGCAUAUCAUGGGCAACACAGAGUGGAGCAACCUCUGAGACCAGUAGAGCCACAACUAAAACAACACCAGCUGGCUUGAAGCGAGGUCCUAAACGUAAAUUGGAUGACUCAUUACAAGACGAUUGGGCGAAUGAAUAUAAACGGAGAUCAACUAGAAGUAGGAAUACGCGCAACAAGGCAGAAGAAAAAAGCGUGGACUAUCAAAAACUGAUGAAGAAUUAUUUCCCCAAGUCCCUGCUGUCUGUGGAAUGUGAAGACAACAAUGAAAAGACUGAUGACAUGGAGACAGACUUCAAUGAGGAAGAAACUACCAGUAGAAAGCCUGUCAGUUUUGAAGCUGUCAAGAAGCUUACUGAUACAGAGGAAGAAGAUGUGAAAAACUACAUUAAAAAAUGCUUAAAAGGUCAUGGAAUUUUGGAUCUUAUCUACAAAUACCUUUUGAGUUUGGCCGACAAAUCUGACUACAUUUGGUAUGAAGGCAUCUGUGACAUCUUUGUGAAACUUUAUCAGCGCCUGAGAAAGCACUUCACGUUGCCCAGUGUUCUAGAUGAUGACGAGGAUAGUUACCCACUAGAAGGAUUAAAGAACUACGCCGUUGUCAUUUUGACGUGGGCUGAGCUUUCUUUGAACAGAGCGUCUGCCGACAGUGAACUGAGGAAUCUGUCAUCCCCCUCAAAAGCAGGCCAAUCCAGCACCAACAUCGCCAAAUAUUUUGGAGAUUUUUUCUCUGAUGACAUGUUCUUCUUGUCAUCAUUAACUGGCAGAUCUGAUGCUUUAGGUUCUUGGCUUGGACACUUCAAUGUAAGACUGUAUUGGCUGAAGGCCAGACAACACCAGCUGCUUGGUGAGACACUGGAUGCUGUCGACUGCUUUGAAAUAGUGCAAGAAAUGUUGAUGGAACUGGAGAAGGAGAAUGAUAAGAGCUCUUCUGUUGAAGUGACUAUAAUAACUCCUAAUAUCCAAGAAGACAAAGUAAUAUCCAUCAGCCAAGCUAAAAAGCAACUGGAAGCAUUACAAAGAUGCAAGUCAUUAGAGGACACACAGAAAUUAUAUGAUGAAGGCAGCUAUGAUCUUGUUGUAAAAAAUCUGGAGUCCACAUUCAACAAAAAGAACAUGAGCCCUAAAACAAUCGCCCAGAAGGAAAGGCCAACACAACUCCUCCUGCUGCUCAAUUCAUUGUACAAUCUCAAGCAGAAGUCAGCAUGUCUACACUGGGCUGAGAUCUCCCUCAAUGAAGCCAUCAUACAUUACAAGAGGGUUCCAACAGUUCAGCUACGCCAAGACUGGGCUGCCACACUUGUUUCAAUAUUUGCAUGUAUUGACAAGUUGAUGGAUGAAGACAUGACUAUUUUAUCUUCCCUGAGCCGAUUCAGCCUUGUUCGUUUGGCCAACAGUUUGGUGGCUGUGAUUGAGAUAUCCCUUGAUGUAGCCCUCACCGUCACAGAAAUGCCUAUAGGCUCCUUGCUACCAUGGAAAAUAUUAUACAGGGUGUUAAAGUUUGAAGAGCAAAAGAACACUGCAGAAAACCCUGGAGAUGUUGAGGAAUUAAAUAAUAGAAAAGAUGAUGAUGAAGAGGAGGAAGAUGAAGAGUUCAGUCCAUCGUUAACCAUGUUAACUGAAGCACAUGAGUAUCUGGGAAGACACUCCUGGUGUACAAAAGAUGAUGGCCUCCUUCUUUUGUUCACAAUGUCAGAGCUGCAUAAAGACCUGAAGGAGAAUGACAGGGAGGGUCAUGUGUUUGAACAGUGUGUCUACUGCCUGUAUGGUCACCCUAACAGGAAAGGGAAAGCCAGACAUUUGAGUGACCACAAUUCAGCCCCAAUCGACUUGACCUGGGACAGAGCUGGGGUUGUUUUUCAUUAUUUUUCACCCCUGCCACCACCAGAGUUUGACAGCUACAAGAUUAAAUCUGUCACUCCAGAGGUAGAGAAUCUCCUGCGCAGAAUUUAUGCCUUGGUGCCAGCGGAUCUUCACCCCUCCAAACAUGUUUCCAUAAUCUCCGACUAUGUUGAGGGCAACACCAGUGUGUUUCCCAGCUCGCCAGUUAAGCUGACCAACUCAGCAAAAGACCCUGACAAUGUUUGCAGUCUGUUGUACUACCUUCUGGCUGACUUCUACUUCAAGAACAAGGAGCUGACGAAGGCCGUCAGGUUUUACCUGCUUGACCUGGUACUCAACCGCACCAGGCUAGACUCGUGGGCUGGGCUGGCACUGGCUAAGAUGAACCAGAUUGAGCAGAAAUUAAAUUCAACUGAGCUAAAAAUGGAACUGCCAAUCCACAAGAAGUCCCAGUCAGCCCUGAAAUGUUUCCACAGGGCUGUGGAGCUGGAGAAAGGCAGCAGAAAAUUGUGGCUGGAGUACGGCUCACUGGCCUAUCAACUGCACUCUCACUUGUCUAGACAGAAGAAAUACAAAGACAUGUUUGCUCUCAACAUUGAGGUGCCACAGUUGUUCCAUUCGGAGCUGUUGGUUAUAGCAAAAAAUAGUUAUUUGUAUGCUAAUGAAUGUGAGGGGGAUGGUACAGAAGAAGAUUGGCUCACUCAUUACAUGUUGGGGAAAGUUGCUGAAAAACAAAAGGAAAAUCCAGAAGUGUUUCUCCAUCACUACAAGCAGGCUGCCAUAUGUUUACAUAAUGAAGAAGCGCCCUACCCAAAAAAGAUUCAGUUUACCACCUCACCUCCCAAGUUUGCACUGGAGGCUCUAGAAGUUUUCUAUCGCAUACAUGUCGCAACAUUAAAGAUAGUUCUGUAUGGCCAAAACCCCAAUGAAAACUUGGAUGUAUUGUAUAACUAUGUGAAGGAAGCUCAGGAAAGUCCCUUUGCUCGCUGUGAAGAAAAGAAAUUAGAGGAGAAGUGUAUUGAAAGGGAAGAAAAUUGUCCACCUCCAAAAGCAGCAACAAGUGCUCCAGCUGUGGUACCCAAACAAACACACGUGUAUCACAAGAACCCUACAGACCACGAGUACUCCCGCCACAAGAGUGGGGGUAAUGUUCAGUUAGGUCAGGUCGCCACCAGUGGUGUUCAGCAACAGGCUCAGGAUGGCAGUGCUCCUGAUGUGGGCCAGUGUCAGAUGGACAGUAACAAAGCCCAGGGCAGUGUCAUGGAGGUCACAGCUACUUAUGUGGGUCAAGGUCAGAUGGACAGUAACAAAACCCAAGGCAGUGACAUGGAAAUCACAGCUGCUGUUGUUGGUCGAGGUCGCACUGAGGAUUCCAAGCCCCAGGGCAGUGACAUUGAUGUUGUCAAUGCUCCUAUACCCACAGCUGUGACAACAGGAUCCUCAGCGCCACCAGAAGACAGUCAGCCAUUGAGCUCAGGAUCAAACUCCAACAGUUGUGAUAAGAACAGCCAGAACCCUAACACAACACCACCAGAUGCAGCAUCAACAGAGAAGCCAAUGGAAACUGAUGACAACUCUGCAGUAGAGCCAGAGGGGAUGGAUGAAGUCAAACAAAGAAGUAGCCAAUCACCUGAGGAGAUAGGGAGCUGCGAGCUGUUAUCUCUCACCAGUCAAAACAUCUUUGAUGUCAUAAUCCAAGAAGAAAUUGAUAAAUCCAGGGCUAGCUCAGGCAGUAAAAAUGUUGAUUCAAGCUGUAACCAGAGUGAAACGGCAGGUACAGUGAUGGAAACUAACGAGAACACUGUCUUACCCGUGAAUGAAAAUCCUGAGACUGACAAGUCCUCUGAUGCUGUCAAAUCAAAUCCGUCCCAGGCUGAUAUUGUUCGUAUGGAGAGCAAAGGAUUCUCUCCCAGUCAUUUUAGUGAGGAUGUUGAGCAGGAAGAAAAUAAUUUCCCUGAGACAGUUUCUAUGGAAGUUGGGGAAGAAAAUAAGGUUUCGCAAUUAUCGAAAUCAAUUUUUGAUUUAAAUGGUGAUGAUGAGGUUGAUCUGAUUGAAGAUGAUGAGCCACCUUGUACAACAGAAGGUGUAGGGUUGAGUGUUGGAACAGAGGACAGGGCUGCGCAGAAAACUGUUGAUGAAACAAGGGACUUGAAGGUAAUGGAGGUGAGACAAGAAGCUUUGAGCGGUGAAGAUAAAGGUUUACACACUCCAUCUAGCCUGGUAGCUGGAGGAAGUUCUCUUGAAGGGAAAGAGAAGUGGGAAACAGAGAGCAAAGAGAAGUCUGGCCAUGAACACAUGGAGAUUUCCUGUGCAGGAGACACGGAGAAGAACUUGGAACAAGAGGGUACAGAUGGGAGUACUUUGGUACAAGACACAACAUCUGAUAAUGUGAGCAUUCUGGAGAUUAACCAAGACCAAGAACUGAGCUCAAUGAUGCUUUCUGAUAAAAGUGACUCAGAGGGCAGGGAUUUACAAAUCAAAACUGAGUCUAUUCAUGCCAGUGAGUCACCAUUAAAAACUGGAAGUACCCCUGUUAAUGAGUCACCAAUAAAAGUAGAAAGUACUCAUGUCAGUGAGUCACCAAUAAAAGUAGAAAGUACUCCUGUUGGUGAGUCACCAAUAAAAGUAGAAAGUACCCCCGUCAGUGAGUCACCAAUAAAAGUAGAAAAUACCCUUGUCAGUGAGUCACCAUCAAAAGCAGGAAAUAGCCUUGUCAGUGAGUCACCAAGUACAGUUCAGAAUGCCGUCGGUGAUAAAACUGGUAGUAAAACUGAGAUUAUCACUGUCAGUGAGUCACCUAAAAAAUCUGAAUGCACUACUGUCAGUGAAUCACCAUUAGAACCAGAGAUUAUCACAAUUGUUGAUUCACCACCUAAACUAGGAAGUAGCACUGUCCGAGAAUCUCAAAGCAGAACAGAAUUUAUCACUGUCACUGAAUCACCACCUAAAACAGGAAGUAACAUUGACAGAGAAUCACCAAGUAAAACAGAAACCAUCACUGUCACUGAAUCACCACCUAAGGAAGACCCCAAGCCAGUCAGUGAAACAAAAGAUACCACUGUGUCUAUGCCUGCUGAUCCAAUAAGACUGCGAGCUGAAAUAAUAACUAAAUGCUUGGCUGGUCUUGGCGUUUGCGCUGAACGCUACAGUGCCCACUACAAGUCACUAUAUAGACUAGCAGAUGUAUACUAUUUUACCAAGGACCUUAAUAAAGCUCGAGAUAUUUUGUUGGGCCGAUCAGAUUGGCAGGAGCAUAAGCAUAUGCCAGCUGCUGGUUUGUUUGCUGAGAGAAAACAAAGCAAUUUUUUCCAGGGCUUGUGGAAAAUUCCCAUAGAAGACAUUGAUAGGUCUGGCUGCUUUGCCUCCCAUGUUCAUCGCUCAGUGGUGCUUCUCCUCAAAGUCCUGACAGAGCUUGGUGAUCUGGACAUGCUGAAAACCAUUCGUCUCCAGCUAAAGAAAACUCCAGAUCCUGGAAAAAAAUUCCUUAGAGAUGCUGAACGUCUAGUUCUGGCUGAUGAAGCUUUUCUAAAAUGUGUUGAAAUAGUUCAAAAUGAAAUGGAUGCAGGCGACCAUUGGCCAGAGAGUAAGAGAGAAGAAAACCUAGGGAGAGUCUACCAGCUGUGGCAGUUUGGUAAAGGCUGUGAUCACCUGAAGAAGGCAGCAGCAGCGCUACUUAGAGCCUUUAAAAUUAUGAUGAAAGGCAGGACUGAUAUCAAUCGUUUAACAGAAGAGCAAGCUAUUUUAUAUUGUCAAAACAGUUUAUCUAAAACCCCAUCAGCUCUGACCCCUGGUUCUAGCACAUCCCAGGCUAAACCGGCCAGUGAAAAAGGUAGGACAAGUCAACCAGCACCAGUGAUGUCACUGGAGAAGUCUGAGAAAGACAUGCCUGGAAAACAAAGCGAUGCCUAUCAGCCCAUUCGACUUAACCAAGCCUUGACGCAGAAUAGUGGUAAAACUCUUGAACCAAAGGAGGUUAGCAGCAGCACUCAGUUGAGACCAGAUGGGGGUAAUACAUCAGUCAAUAAAAACCAGAGCUUAUACUUUGUUAAAAAUGUAUCACAUGCUGACAAAGUCCCAGACAUUCAACACACUUCAGGGAAUGUAACAACCACAACACCGAAUACUACAACAUUCAUACGUCAGAAUUCUCUGUUAACCUCUAGGCACCCAGCCUACACCAAGCUCAAUGAAUUUGUACCGUCUGCACAAGCACCUUUAGGGAUAUCUAAAUUCUCUGUGACUAGCCUUCUCCAAUCUAACAAAGUUGCAAGUGAGGUCAAGAACAGGACCAAUGAGACAGUACCUUCAUCUGUCUUGACAUUACCUCACAUGAGUCGAAUAGAUGAUGAUGAUGAUGAUGUUAUUAUUAUCAGUGAGUCAGAAUCUAAUGGUUAAGGUGAAAGGGACAGCUAUUUAGGCUUUAAAAAAUUGACCGUAGGUGUUAAAAUUAUCUUGAAAUUUAUUGCCAUAACAGUUCAAAAAAUGCUUUGAUUGUUGUUGAAAAACUAUUAUGAUAAAAUGUGUUGCUUUUAUUGUUUAAUAAAUUGUAAUAUUUAAAUUGAUUUGCUAGGUAACCUCAAAAAAAAAUUCAAGCUAUUUCAAAUAAGACUUUGUUUAAUUAACUAGCAUUUACGUUGAGUAGAGCAUUAUUAUGAACAUAGAGAGAUUUUAUGUAAAUUAUUUCUUUUUUAUAAAAAGAAAUUAUGUUGUAAUUUACAAAUUGGAAUCUAGAUCUAAAAUACAUAUGCUCAUAUAUUCUUGCAAACACUUCAUGAUGUAAUAUAGAUAGUUUUGUUCCAUUUUUUACUUUUGUAAUAAAAUAAAAUAAAAAGUUUUUACUUAAUCAGUUAAAAAACUUCUUCAUGUUGCAGCAAGCUGAUGUUCUUGUAAAUUAAAGAAAAUCUGUUUUAAAAAAAACUUAAUACAACUG